UGGACUGCUACAUUUAUUAUGUCAAAACAAUGUCAAACGAAAUUUGAAUAAGAAAUAAGACGAAGUUACUAGAAAGUGUCUUGGAUCAUAUCAAUUAAUUCAUUAUAUUGUUGUAAUUGUUGUAAAUUCAGUCACUCAAAUUGAUAAGUUGUCAUUUCAGCGAAUUUCCCGAAAAACAUCAUCUCCUCAUAAUGGCAUCAAUGAUGAUCACCAGAAUGUGCAGGGGGCCCACAUUCCAAACACUUGGCUCUCUUCAAAAAUUACACUACGCUAGAAAUGUACCAAAGAAUCAAACAAUGGUCCGAUUGUAUGCUUCCGAAGGAAAGGAUGCUGCAGCUAGGGCGGCUGCACGUAGGGCCACAUUGAAAGAAAGGGUUAUGCAACCCACUACAGGAAAACCAUUCGCAAUUGGAGCAGGAGCUUUAGCUGGAGCUUCAGUGUUGGGCGUGGGGGCGCUUUGUUACUAUGGAUUGGGCCUUUCAAGUGGAGCAAGCAUUAUAGAUAAUGCGACUGUAUGGCCACAAUAUGUUAGAGAUCGAGUAAAAGCUACUUACAUGUAUUUUGGAGGUUCUGUUUUUAUAACAGCAGCAAGUGCUAUGGCAGCAUUUAGAUCUCCAACUAUUAUGAAGUUGGUUACUAGAGGAGGUUUUAUGGGUAUUCUAAUAAGUAUGGGAGCGAUGGUAGGAACUGGUAUAUUAUGCCAAAGUAUACCUUAUACCAGUGGGCUAGGAGUUAAACAAUUAGCUUGGGUGCUUCAUACAGCAACAAUGGGAGCUGUAUUAGCUCCUUUAUGCUUUAUGGGUGGCCCACUUUUGAUAAGAGCUGCCUGGUAUACGGCUGGUGUUGUGGGUGGAUUGAGUGCAAUUGCAGUCUGUGCUCCAAGUGAGAAGUUUCUCUACAUGGGAGGACCUUUGGCUAUGGGCCUUGGUGUUGUUUUUGUGUCUUCAAUUGGAAGUAUGUUCUUCUCCCCUAUGAGCGCUUUGGGAGCAGGACUGUACUCUAUUUCAUUGUAUGGUGGACUUAUUCUAUUCUCUGGAUUUUUACUUUAUGAUACUCAAAGAAUCGUGGCCCAGGCUGAAAGAUACACUACAGCCCCUGACAUGUAUGGUGCAAGACCGUAUGAUCCAAUUAAUUCGUGUCUCUCCAUAUACAUGGACACAUUAAACAUCUUUAUACGAAUUGCUGUCCUUUUGGCCGGAGGAGGUGGUCAAAAAAGAAAGUAAUUUUGUGAAAAAAUUAUAUGAUUUUUUCUUGUAAAAUAUAACCAUACUAUUCAUUUGUUUUAUUUUGUUUUCGGAGAAUUUCAGAAUCAUUCAACAAAAUGGGUUGUUUCUUUUGCAUUAGUUGAUCGAUUUGGAAAUUUAUGUAUAUUGCCCUGUGAUAUAUUAAGUGAGAAGUUACGAAUUUCUGAAAGUGGAAAGAGAAUAAAAAAACAUUCAUUUCAUAAUUUAUUCAAGCUCUGUAUAAUCUAAGGUGAUGAAUUGUUUGUUUUAAUAAAUUACAUUUUAUAGUGGA